GCAAGGCCUUUAAUGGCGAACUCCGCUGGGUUGAUACAUAGCCUAUGGGUGAUGAACAUACGUGAAGGUUCAGUUCAGUUCAAUUUCUCAAGCUUGAUCGCCAGUGGAAUCACUCAUGUAAUGUUGGACUCCUUUUUUAUUUGAAAGAAGAAUGAAGUUGUAAAAGAGUAAAUUUGGAGAGGAUAUUGGAGGAACACUAUGACGAACAGGGAGACGAACAACAAUCGCAAACUUUUAAUAGUAGGCCUUGCCUGUGUUGAUAUUGUCAAUGUUGCUGCAGGUUAUCCUACAGAAGACACAGAUCAAAGAUUACUAGACCAGCAGGUGAAUCGAGGAGGAAACGCCACCAACACAUCUGUAGUUCUAUCCCAGCUUGGCUCUCAUGUAGAAUGGUUAGGCACACUCGCUUCUGAUAAACUGGCAGAUGUCAUCACUGACGAUCUGGAAAACUAUGGAGUGCUGUAUGAUAAAGCACGGCAAUAUGAGAAUUGCGUGACACCUCUUUCUUGUGUCAUAGUCAAUGCCUCAACAGGAUCAAGAACAAUUCUGCAUAAAAACAAGGCAUUACCAGAAGUAGAUCCAAAGGAUUUUGAAAAGCUGGAUUUAGACGAUUAUUCCUGGAUUCACUUUGAGGGUAGAAAUCAAGUCAACGUAGAGAAGAUGAUAGCAAUGAUUGAGAUGUACAACAAGAGAAGAACAGAUUCAAAACCUAUCAUUAUAUCUUUAGAGGCUGAGAAAUCGCAAAACGUUUCUCACAGUUUACUUCAAAAAGGAGAUUGUGUAUUCAUUAGCAAAGAUUAUUCUAAGUAUAUGGGCUUGAACAAUGCAGACGAGUGCCUGAAUGGAGUCAAGGAAAGGAAUCUGUUAAAGAAAGGAGCCAAAGCCAUCUGUGCCUGGGGUGAGAAAGGAGCAUGGGGAUUGGAGGAGAGUGACAGGAUAGUGCACAGCCCUGCUUUCCCACCAAUCAAAGUUGUCGAUACACUGGGUGCUGGCGAUACUUUCAAUGCAGGGGUUCUUCAUGCUCUAAACCAGGGAAGAACAGUGGAAGAAGCUGUAAGGCUCGGCUGUCAAGUAGCUGGCCAGAAGGUCGGACAGAUAGGCUUCAACAUAGAUACAACGUCAUUGGAUCUAUUAUAACCCUCAUUCAGCCUUGUUCCAAAGGUAGCUAAUGAGAAUAUGGUUGUUGUGAAAUUAUAUGCAACUCACAUCGUAUUUAAUGUUUUAAAAUACCUCUUAAAAAUGCAGUGUUCUAAUGUGCCGCGUGAAAUACUCAGGCAACUAUUUUUUGGCAUUUAACCCUAGGUAGCCCGGGCUAUAUUGAAAUUGCAUAGCCUGGGGAAGGGGGGGGGGAAACAUUUUUUUGUCCUCUCUGAACAUGUGGUAUGACCAUUGUCUUAACAUGUUUUCGUUCAGUCAAGUUGGUCCUUAUUGUCAAAUCUGUAAAAAUCGAAAUAUUGUAUAAUUUAAAUGAUAAAAACUAGGAAAUAGUGGGUGAGGGACAUCAACAAAUCUCUCAUUUGCAUGUAACUGAGUUGUGCAAAUACCUGUUUAAUGAAAAAUAAGCGAAACUUUAAAAUAGGCCUGGGACUUUCAGUAUUUUUGUCUUAGGGUACCCGCAGAAAUUUUUGGGCUGGUACCCGAAGAUCAUGUCUCAAGAAAUAUGAAUGGUGGAACCAGCUUGUCCCAGGCCUACUUGAAAAUGUCAUAAUUUUUCUCAUUUUACAUCCGAUUUUGGUGAUAUUUUCAGCGCUAUGCUUGUUUGAUUUUUCUCUAUUGAUUGAAAUCAACAUAUUUCUCGAGUGGACUUUAACCUUUAAUGACAAAAACUGGAGCUAAAAGUGAAAUUUAGAAAUGGGAAAUAUAUGCUACAUAAUUCAACAAUAUAUAUUCACUGCUUGACAGAUGAGUAUUUUUCUUAAGAAAACGCUAAUUAAUGAUCUGGAGAAUUGGCUUUAUCAAGCUUCUUAAUGGCCUGGAUUAUAUGACAUCACAUUGUGACUACAGGGUUCUAAUUCCAUAAGUUUUACUUAGAAAAGAAGGAUUAAAAAAAAAAAUCCAGAUUUUGAAAUUGAUUUUUUUUCAAUUUGCAGAGGAAGAUGACACUGACAAUAAUUCAGUGCUCAAAUGGAUGGAAACCUUUAACUCUUCACAAGGUUUUUUUGUUUGAUUUCUUUAUUUGGCUCUCAUUGGGCCUAAACUGCUAUGUCAGGAAAGGUUUGUACACAUAAUCUGAGUGCACAUAGAAUCGAAAAGUUGCACCAAGCAAUCGGGGAAAUAAAAUAUGGCAAAAUCUAGCCCUAAACUAGAUUUUUUUCAAUUUAAGCUCGCAGGAAUUGAUAUUUAUGAUAUCUCUUUGUGAUAGAAGUGAAAAACAAAACAAUACCCAGUUCUCUGUGUACAAACCUAUGGAAUCACAACGCCUCUAACACAUUCCUAAUCAGAAUAGCUAGGUAGCAGUGAUAAUGCAUUUCUGUGUUAAGUAGUUUAUAAGCUUUUGAUUGGUAUAUUACAAGUACCCUAUUUCCUUUCUACCGGAUGUACUGGAAAAAUGCAAAAAGCUGCAGCCAGUUUUCCAGGUCUAGCUUUUGUCAAUUUCGCUGUUUGGUUUGGUCUGGGUCUUUAGAUCAAUUCUGAAAGCGCCCAGGACCUAUGGGAAAUAUGCAGUAAAACAAUCAAUUCAAUCAAUUCAAUAAUCAGUAAGCCUUUAUGCAGUUGUAACUGCAUGAGCGGUAAAAGGUCAUUGGAGAUAAACUGUCAAGGUGGUUUUCAAAUCCACUGAUGAUUAUUCAUGUGUUCCUUAUAAUAUAUUCUUUUCAUCAUAUCCAAGCUGAGGAGUAACAAGUGUUCGUAAUUGUUGGAAUUUGACAAUAUCCCAAAUACUACUCAAUGAAAUAAAAGUGGACAAAACAAACAGCAUACUACAUACUAACAGUCACCUGGUCUGUGCCAGGUCUUUCUUGGAAUUAGAAUACCUCAGGAUGCUAUGUCAGGGAAAGCUUACACAAUAUCUUCAUUUGAGAGUGUUAGUGCUCAUCCUAAUAAAAAAUGGGUAAGGUUAUUCAAGAAAAGUUGGUUGUGAGCUAAUUUCCAAUUGACUUUAUAGCUUGGAUUUUUUUCAUGAUAGGCCCAGAUAAACUUAGCAUACUCUACUCUCUUAGGGAAAUGUUAUAUACUUUGUUUUUGCUGAUCCUGGUGGGUGUUUCAUAAAGCUGUUUGUAAGUUAAGAGCGACUUUAAGAACGACUGGUGAUCCCGUCUUGUUGUAAAUGGUAUAUUCAUUGGCGAUGGUUUAGCGUGUAAGAAAGGAUUACCAGUCGUUCUUAAAGUUGAUCUUAACGUACAAACAGCUUUAUGAAACGCCCCCCCCCCCAAACGACUGGUGAUCCCGUCUUGUUGUAAAUGGUAUAUUCAUUGGCGAUGGUUUAGCGUGUAAGAAAGGAUUACCAGUCGUUCUUAAAGUUGAUCUUAACGUACAAACAGCUUUAAGAAACGCCCCCCCCCCCGGCCUGUAAGUCAGUUUUGAUUUAAACUCUGGUUUGAAGUUGUGGUUUAACUUUGGAUAGCCAAUAGUAACAUAAAUCUCUGAACAAUUUAAUUUCAGUCUAUCAGCUCAUUUUUUUUCUCAAAUCAUUAACUGUUUCGGAAGGAUAAAUAAGAUAGCUUUGUUCAACAUUCACGAGUUAGGAAAGAGCACAGUAACCUUAAGAAACACACAAUGCAAGGAAAAUUUGGACAUUAUUUUGGCUUUCCAUAAUUUUAGCACAGAAUUAGACCAUGGGUUAAGUCAAACCCGACUUCAGAAUACUGGCCUGUGUGUCUGAUUUUAAUGUACACUCCUUCAGGUUUUCACUUCGAAUUGUAAAACUGCUAUACCUUGUCAGGUCCACUCUGUCUCAGUUGUUAUUAACCCAUCAGAGACCGAGUCUGCAUUAUGCAGGCCGUGAUGUAUGGAAAAUGUGUGUGAUAUCAUAAUCGGCCAGAUUCCAGCGAGUUAAUUCUUGGAAUAGCAUGAAUUUUGUAUGUCUGUUUCUCGUCAGUAAUACAAGAUAAUUUCUGUAUUAUAGGACUUUUGUAUAUUUUCCUUUUCAAGGUCAGUGAUAAAUGUUAUUUCAUGACAUAAGUACGGUGUAAUUAAAGCAAAUAACUUAUGAUUAUAUGUUUUGAUUUCAGUACUUAAUUUUGUAAUGAAAUAUAUAUAUGUUUGUUCUUAUAGAUAUAACUUACAUGUAUGUAUGACUAAUAAUAAUACUGAUAACUAAUAUACUUAAACCAAAGUUGAUAUUUCAUUUCAGAAAUUCUUGCGAGCAUGCAGCUUAGCUGUCAAACAAAGGGUUAUUUGUCACUUUGUCAUGAAAUCAUUAAAGUUUUAAAGUGUCAUUGGCUCCUAAUAGACUUGCGUCGGGUUUGAAGAUGCAUCUAACAUCGGCUUUGAAGCCACCUUCACGCCUGCAAUUGGGUUGGUGUUACAAAUGCACUGAAAGCGGACUGACGCCGCCUUCAGAUCACUAUCGCCCUGAUACACAUGGUCUGAGGCCUGCGUUUGUGUGUCUACACAUAAUCCCGCUUCAUGUCACCUAUUCAUGUGCAGUGAGUGACCUGUAAACAUUCUUAUUGUUCUUCCGAAAACGACUAUUGUUCACUUUUUCUAGUUCAGUGGUCAAGCCAGCUUGAAUCCAGUUGUCAGUUAAGAUUUUUUAAAGUUCCAAAACUGAAUUUUUAAUCCAUUUUGUGGUUGAUGAAAAAUUGAACGGAAUGAAUAGCGUAUAUCGCUAAUCAGAACCGCAAUGCAUUAUGGGUUUGCUAUAGCUAGUUCUGCGCACGCGCACUGCGGACUGUCCGCUAGUGCGCGUGCGAGGUGUUAUUAAAGGUGUUAUUAUCAUAUCAACAUGGUGAAAUAGUGUAUCAUGCCAAGUUGACAUGACAAUGUUUUUAAUAUAUCAACGUGCAUGGCGAGAUACAUUAAUACAUUAUCUCACCAAGAAAACAUACGAAAAGUUGUACGUAGACAUCCCGACCUUUGUUAUCCACCAAUUCCAUAUACAAAAAGUUGUAUUUCAACUUUCUGAGAUAACGUAUGUCCCCUUGUUGACAUAACAACAUUAUGUUGAUUUGGUAAAAUACAUAGUCUCGCCAUCUCUACGAGUUAAUGGCACUCCGUACUUUGUGGAGGAGUUUUUUUUUUUGCUUUAGGUUUUUAAGGUCAACAUCAUUGUGGGUGUACCACAACAAGAUCUCAUUGGCAAGCCAUGGUUCAGCAGGGGCAGUAUGGCCGAUAUUGUUUUAAAAUAUUGUGUUUUUUUUCCUUUUCUGAUAGGAGUAUCGAAAGACCUAUAGUAAUAAUAAUGAUAAGAAGUAUAUGCAGCAUUUACAUAGCGCUUGAAAAUGUUUCUAUUAAAGCACUGCAUACUAUUAACCCAGCUUGACAUGGCUACCCUGAUCAGGUGCUGGAGCACUCAAGGAAUUCCUUUCUACUGGGUACCCACUUACUACACCUGGGUGGAGAGUGGCAAAUGUAGAUAAACAGUUAAACACCAUGCCAAAGCCUGAAGGAAAUGAGUGCUGCGAUAGAAUUUGAACACUGGACCGUGUGGUUCAAAGUCUGGAGACUUAUCCAGGCUGAUCUUCAAAACGACCAAAAUCACUGUGUUUUUGUAGAAGUUUGAUAGUAAAGGAAGGACAAAUUGCCCCCAAAUGCUAAUUCUGGCUAAAGGAAGGGCACUAUCGAGUGUGUCAUUGAAUACUGAUAAUUUGAAUCGAAGCUGGUAUGAUAUUUUUGCAGUCAACAGUACCAUACUGCCCUUUUACUUUGCGAACGAUGAAGUGCGUCAGUGCAGAAAACAAUAGAGCAUAUUUUAAAACUAAUUUUAUUGGAAAUUAUGUUUUUAAUAAAAAUGUGUACACUAUGGCAAAUCAUAGAUGAUUUAUUAACUUAUUUUACAAAACCAUGAACUUAAUUUAGUAAUUAAAUAAGAUGGAAUGCCUGGUGAUUUGAGAGUUUAUGAUCUCUUAUCGUUUAUAAUGAUUUAAUGUUUUACCAUGUUUUAUUACUUUGACCAAAGACAUGAUGCUGCCAUCUACAAUAUUUAAUAGUAAAUUUGAUGAGAUAUCUUAAAAUCAGUAUUAUUCAAUAAGAUAACAAUUACAGUGGUGUCUUUAUUGCAGCUAAUGAAUUUCGAUGUGUAAUGUUAUGGUCUCUUUCUGAAAUGAAAAUGUAUAUAUUUUGUCAUAUUUUAUUAGAGGAUUGUCUUGUUAAUAUACUUACAUUAUAUAAUAAACAUCAUUUACAAAGGUGAAAA